AUGUGGCUAAUGAAGCACGCCUCCCUCUCCAAGUCCUCCGCCUACGACCUCGCCCGCCGCGAAUUCUACCAACACCGCCACCUCUCCGAAAUCCGGUCCCGCAUCGCCAAAGAAGAAGCCCUACACGUCGGCGCCUACUUCGGCAAAGGGCCCCUUGAAAUCGGAAUGGAGCUCGAAGACCGCACGUGGGAGAACUGGAAGGCGUGGGCGGCCAAGCAGAUUGAGGACGAGCAGAGUAUGCGCGCGCAGAUGUUUAGUGGGCAGCAGGAUGAGGGGUUGGGUGAGGGGGCUGACAUGAGUACGGCGGAGUACGAUGAGGCGGUGCAGGAGAUUCAGCCCAGUGCGCCGAAUGAUCCGCAGGGGAUGAGGCCUAUGGGGGGUGUGGCGGCGCAUGCGUAG